UCUCUGCACAGGAGAGAAAAUCACUUAAAAUUUCCAGUUUCCUGAUGCAUGAAUGACAAUUUUUCUUUUUUUGUAGACAAAUUUGUCAACAAGAUAACUGUUUGAAUAAAGACCUAGCACUCAUAAGGUGAGAGCAGUAGGAAAGGUGGGGCAGUAGUAUUUAAAUAACCCCUUUAGGAAGUGGCAUAGGCUGCUUUAUCUCCUCGCAUUCCUUUGGUGGCUGUCACAUGUUUACCAACCAGCAGCGUUCCUUCUUCCUUGGGAUGUUAAAUCAACAAGCACAUGCAGAGAAAAGGGCAACAACUCCAGCACCACUCCUGUUUCUCAAACUCAGGACUGUGCCUCUUUGUCCAGCUCAUUUACUCCUGAGGCCGCUGGUUUUUUGUCUACAGUUGGAGCCCUCAUUAUCCUCCCUGCAGUCCUCUUUCUCUUUAUCAACAAGAAGCUCUGCUGUGAAGAGGGAGGUGGGCUCCCAUGCCUGGAACAACAAGGGCGAGGAAAUCACUGCAGAGAAAAGUCCAGAGCUCGUGAAGGCCUUGCUCCCUGAAUUGUAAGUGACAUGCUGGCAAAGCUGAACAACUGAUCACCAGACACUGGCAUAGUGUUAAACAUGGCUUCUGAGGCUGCUCAGAACUUCCUCCAGCCACUGUCUUCUUGGAUGUCUCAAAUAUACGAAGCCAUCCAGCAAGCAGGAGACUCCAUAUCUGCCUCACUGCUGAAUUUGAGUGGAGUGGGUCGCCAGCCAGAAGAAGAGAGGCCCCAGGACUUGGAGAACAAUGGAGGUGUUUAUGAGGAUUUUUCUGAGGAAUCAGAUGAUGAACAAGACCUGGACCUUUGGGAUGAAGAUUAUUUCUAUCCAAGAGAAGACAGCUACACUGGAAGCCCUAAUCUUGCUUCACAAAACCUCCCUCCUGGCCCUGACACUGCUCCACAGAGGCAAAAACGGGUGAAGAACACCAGCAGCUUGCCAGAGCAGUGUGUGGAAAGCAACAGGUCCUUGACAACCAACGGGUCCCACUGGAUGAGUGAAGACCUGCAGCCCCUGGAUCGGCUCCCUCCCAUCGCCGAGGAGGAAGGUGAGCCCUCUGUGAGGACGGGAGGUGACGAGCACAGCCCCAGCCUGGGUGGCUCCUUGAGCAGUGCUGAUGGCACGGCUCGCUGUGCAGAUCUGGAUGGACUAAGCCAGCUGAGUUACCAAGACAACCUCUCCUGUCGUGAAGAUGACCACGUAUCUGUGGAUUCAAGAACAACAACCAGGAGUAAGGGCACUGGGCAGCACAAAGGGCCCGGGAUGGAGCCCAGGGCUGGGGAUGGUGUCAGCCAGUCACACAGGGAAGGACGUCUGGAAACGGAGACAACGUUUGCCAACCAGGGACUGGAAGUAAAUGAUGCUACUGACAGCUCAUCGGCUUGGAGCCCUGAGGACCACAACCAAGUGAACAGUGUGCCAGCUCACCAGGGCGCCCACGAGCCCAUCUGCAAGUGUGGUGACCUGGAUGUCACCUUCACCUACAAACCCUCGAGCCAAAAGCUGAUAGCCACUGUCCUGGAGGCCAGGGACAUCCCGGACAAGGACCGCAGUGGUGUGAACACCUGGCAGGUGCACGCCGUCCUGAUGCCGGGCAAGAGGCAGAGGGGUAAGACCAGCGUGCAGAGGGGACCCGUCCCCAUCUUCCAGGACAAAAUCACCUUCAGCAGGCUGGAAGCACAGGAGCUGAGCAGCCACGCCGUGCGCUUCCGCCUCUACGCCGUGCACAAGGUGCUUGGGGAGAAGAUGAUGGGGGAGCAGCUCUUCCACCUGGGCGGCGUCAGCCAGCAAGGGGAGGUGAAGGUGACACUGCUCUUGGAGCCAAGGAGCAACCUGAGUAGAGCAGAUUCUCAGCUGAGUCUGUCAGCAAUCUCUCACAGUGAUAGCGCUUCCUCAACACAGUCCCUGUCGCAUGGAGGGGUGCCAGAGCUGCUCGUGGGGCUGUCAUACAACGCCACUACAGGGAGGCUGUCAGUGGAGAUGAUCAAAGGCAGUCAUUUCCGAAACCUGGCAAUUAAUAGGCCACCUGAUACCUAUGGGAAGCUCUGCCUGCGCAACUCCGUGGGUCAGGAGAUGUCUCGCUGCAAGACCUCCGUGCGCCGGGGCCAGCCCAACCCCGUCUACAAGGAGACCUUCAUCUUCCAGGUGGCCCUCUUCCAGCUCUCUGAUGUCACCCUGCUCAUCUCCAUCUACAACAGGCGCAGCAUGAAGCGCAAGGAGAUGGUGGGCUGGAUCUCCAUGGGCCAGAGCAGCAGCGGGGAGGAGGAGCAGAGCCACUGGCAGGAGAUGAGGGAGUCGCAGGGGACGCAGGUCUGCAGGUGGCACACUCUGCUGGAGUCCUAGGGGUGGCCAGGGCAGCCUGCAGGUCCUGGCACAAAGGGCUGGAGUCCUAGGGGUGGCCAGGACAGCCUGCAGGUCCUGGCACAAAGGGCUGCAUCCCCACGUUCUCUGCUGAUACCCCCUCAGCAGCUGGGGGUAUCAAAGGUGGCAAGGCCUGGGAAGCAAGUUUACCCUUGCCUUUCUAUCUUGCCCUGCAUUUUCUACACCCAGAUAAUUAACCCCAGUGAGAAGCAGUGGGAAUACCUGCAAAACCCUUUCCUUGGUCAUUGUCUUGCUCAUUUUUUUCCUAGGCUUAAUCAGCACAGACUGAUUCUGAUGUGAUACUGUUUUCUUCUGGGGUAAACUCUCUCUUCCCUCUCUCCCCUUAUUUAUAUUAAUGAAGUUUGCAAAUAUUCUUGCCACGCAGAUAGCUCACAGAAAAGCUAACCUGCAUGCAGAUCACAUCCUCUGCCUUUUAUUAUGGUGUUUCUAAGUCCUAGAAAUAAGCAUUUGAUACCACUAUAAACUGGAUGAUAUAUUUUUCAGGAAGCAUGAGGAAGCACUCUUGAAUUCUCUGUCAACUUUUAAGUGCCUAGGCAUUACUACUGUUCUCCUGUACUAACAAUUGAUAUAAGGACUAAAUACUACUGGUAUUUUUAAUUAGGCACCCUGUGCACUUGUUAGCCUGCAUUGACAUAGGUUUGCACAAGAGAUAACAAGCAUUAGUUUUAUAUUGCAUUAUACCAUGCAUGUUUAGGUGUUUACUUGAAGUUAUGGCUUCUGUCACCAAAAAUACCAAAAAAAGACCAGAACAAACUGCACAGCCACCUUUGUGCCUGAAUCACUCCUUUCUGCAUCAUUCUUCCCCUGUGUGAAUGUGAUUUUUAGAAGUGAGGUUCAUUCAGAAAAGCAUUUCUGUGAGCAUUACAGGAGAGGGCUUCAGAUCCACGGUUUUUCUGUGAUUCAGCAAAGCACUACUCAGUUUGCUGAGGGCUCUUCUUCAAAUCUCCUGUGCUAUCCUGUAAUACCUCCUUGGGAUAUGGAAGGGGACUGGUUUUGGCAUGCUGAGUAGUAGAGGAUGCCAGACCAUGUCACCUAGCCUUGGGAAAGAUCUCUCUUGCAGGCCAGGAGUAGGAUCCUGAGGGGCUGCUGAACUAGCACUGGAGAAAAGAAUUGUGCUUCCUGCCUCCAAAUGAAAGCAAUGCAAGGAGCAGCCUUGGUGGAUGAGGUGAUGACACUGCCACGUGGUUCCUUUUCAGACUGCAUUGUCCUUUUCCUUUUUAAUCUCUUUUCCUGUCUCUGUAAGCUGCAGUCAUGGAGAUGAUGGAUGGAGGAUGUGUCUCAGUCUGCUGCUUGGCUAAGUGGUUGCUGUUGCAGUGCUGUGUGUGACACAGAGGAGGAUGUUCACCCUCAGUGGAAUGUGGGCAGUGAGGUGCUGAGCUCUCCAAUGAUAUCAGCUGCCCCAUCUCCCACUCCCCACACUCUCUAGGAGAGGACUGUCUUUUCUCCUCUCCUGCUGAUGACAGCAACACACAGGAAAUAUUUUGCUGAAGAGGUUUGUCUGUACUGAAUCACUUCAUGGUUUGUUUUUGCCAUUUACAGAGACCUGGCACCAAAUUCUGCCUCCUCCUGCACCACAGGCUCUUCCUUUGCUUCAACGGUGCUGUGCAAAUCUAAAUAAUGCAAACUUUGGCACUGGCUGUUUGACCAAAAUUGGUGCUGGUUUUUGUCACAUCCAGGCUAGACAGUCCCUGAGGGCACUGCUGUGGCACUCACAGGUUAUCACUGGGUGUCCUCAGGAGGCAGACAGAACAAUCUGCACAGAGAAGCACUUCUGGUACAGGUGAUGCAAGUUAUUCUGCAGACCACACUCUUGUAUCUUCUUAUCACCUGUCUGAGAAUCACUUUUCCAGGGAGACUGGUGGUUAUCCUAUGCAGGAGGGUUCUCCUCCACUGUCUAGAUAAGCUGGCAUGUCUGCUUUGCACUACUGGGGCUUUGUAACAUAAAACAGGGCGUAACCCAAAUGCAGCUCACCCAACAAAUAUGUUCUUGACUGCACUGCUAAAGAUGCUGCAUUACCAAUGUAAGAAAUAGUGAACAUCUGAGUGGUAACCAGCAGCAUAGAAUUUUAUUUAUCAUACACUUUUAUUCCAGGGAAAAAUAAAAAAGUAGAGGAUACAGCCCAAUUCAAAAGGUGCGUUUACUGAUUCCAGUUGUUUUCCAAUCUCUCCAUAUAUUUUUGUCCUGAACUGCAUAAAAUGUAUAUGCAAGUGUUUAUAAUUAAUUUUAUUACCUGGAAUGUGUGUGUGUAAUAAACUUACUGAGAUUCUCUUCAGAACUUCUUGAACCUGCGAAGUCUUGCCUAUGCUUCAUGAUUAGCUAAGGAAAAAGUGUAAGUUCAUAAUACAUUUCAGCAGUGAA